AUGCCGCGCUGCUACCUCGUCAAGAAGGCGGCCACCAAGCACCCCGCGGGGCCGGCCUCGUCGGGACGCUGGCCGUACCGCGAGCCCCUAAGCCCCAGCGAGGCCGAGACGGCGCCCUGCGCUCCGCUCUUCGGCGACCAGGCCGCCGACGAGCGGCCCGCAAUCGUCACCUCGGCCGCUUUCGGGCGCACGAGCCCCACUGCCGGUUUCAUCCAUGACUACUCGACGGGCCAGCUGGCCCUGGGUGCGGAAAGCCUGGUGGUGCCAGAGCGGGCCGCCGCGUACAGCCCACUGCGCGAUGAGCCGCGGGUGCUGGACCUGAGCGGGCCCGAGUUCUACUCGCGGCCCCCGCUGGGGUCGGCACCUCCGCCAUUAACCCCGGUGCAGGCGGCCGAACCAUCGAGCGAAGGAGGGGCACGCAGUAGCAGCCCGGCCUCGUCGUCGUGCUCGUCCACCUCGUUCGGCGCCGCCCGGGCUGUGACCGUGAGCUACACGUACGACGCCUUCUUCAUCAGUGAUGGCCGAUCCCGGCGCCGCACGACCGUCUCCGGUCUGCCGGGUACGACGCGGCGUCCCACCACCGAGGACCGGCCGCGUUACACGUGCGGCGAGUGCGGCAAGCACUACGCGACCUCGUCCAACCUGUCGCGCCACAAGCAGACACACCGCAGCCCGGACUCGCAGCUGGCCAAGAAGUGCCCGACGUGCGCCAAGGUGUACGUGUCCAUGCCGGCGCUGGCCAUGCACGUGCUGACGCACAACCUGAGCCACAAGUGCCCCGUGUGCGGCAAGGCGUUCUCGCGGCCCUGGCUCCUGCAGGGCCACAUGCGCUCGCACACCGGCGAGAAGCCGUUCGGCUGCGCCCACUGCGGCAAGGCGUUCGCCGACCGCUCCAACCUGCGCGCGCACAUGCAGACGCACUCGGGCCUCAAGCACUUCCGCUGCGCGCGCUGCCACAAGUCGUUCGCGCUCAAGUCCUACCUCAACAAGCACCUCGAGUCGGCCUGCUUCAAAGAUGGCGCGACACCUUCGCCGCCUCCGCCGGCGCUGCCGCUGCCACCGGCCGAACACCACCACCAGCUGGGCCCCGCCAUGGCCGCCGUUCUGGGCCUCGCCACCUAAGACCUUUCCUCCGUGGGGCUCUCCCCCUUGCCGCCACCUCCUCCAUGGAGCGCUUGUCUCUUUUUCGUUUUCCGCCCAUUGCUAAGACAAAACUCGCGAGAUUCCAAAGCAGUUGCACUCACGCCUCCUAAACAAUGGCGUCCAUCCAAACACGCGCGCACGCGAGAAAAAGAAACCCAUUUCCUCGUUCCUACUAGAAAAAAAAUCAAUCGUUUUCACUAAGAUAACGCUCGAGUAAGAUCAGUCGCUUCAAAAACCCACGUAAAGUGCACUGCGAAACCCAGUAAGAUUUCUGAGUUGUGCAUUUCUUUAACAGUCAUCGUCUCUGGCGGCGGCCGUGUGUACAUCUCAUGACCAAAAUGAGGAUGACGCAUGCUCGCGAAUCAGUUGUGUCUUUGUGACUAACCACUUCGUGUCCACAAAACGACAAAUACCUGGCGUUUCUCCAGUAAUGGGGUUAGGCGUGCUCAGGCAUUUCAUUCACUUUUGCUUCUAUGCAAACGUGUACACAGUGAAUCCCUCGUUUGCUACGUAGAGAAAUUAUUGUUGGCGUAAAGAAAUUUUAUCUUGCGCGAGCUGCGGUAGACUUAAUAGCGUAUAGGACUUCCCGGCUAUGUACAGCGUUCAUUUUUGUAGCGCGGUCCAAAGACUACACACAUUAGGAUAGGAGCGAUAAAAGUUAUAUUUUAAUUAUAUGCUGGCAGGAAAACGUGAAACUCGUAGGGUAUUGCGCAAUACACCUAAAACUACCCUAGACAACUGCGCAGCGCGAUAACCUCAAGAAACAAUUGUGUCGGGCCAGUUGGUAUGGAUCCACCUUGGUAGGGAGGGCAGCCACUAUUGCACAGAACACCACAAGCGCUUGUGUUGUGUGUUCUGUGUAAUAGUGGCUGCGCUUCCUACCAAGAUAACUUCAAGGUUUUUCUAACACUCAGAUUGACUAAAUGUUUUGUUUGGUAUUCGAUAUCAUCGGAGUUCAGUGAAAGAAUUAACAAAAUUGCGUCACUUCUUUGAUUCGAAUUCUUAAUCAGCUUUCUGGACUGCGCCUAUCUUAGCGUGUUUUGCGCAUCAUACAUUGGUGAGAGCAAAAAUUAAAAGGCUAAUGACCCUAUUUACCAUUCAAUUUUCCUACACACGGCGAUAAAUUGCGUGACAUCCACGACAUUUUCGUUUAAUGGGAGGGGAACAAUAAAAUAUUAGGUGUGCGUAUAGGUCAGUUCACACCAUUCCGCGCAGGUGUUCAGCGACAAUCGAUGAAGGCCGCAUGGCGUAGCUUUUUUUUUUUUUUGAACGCACUAUCCGUCCGUACAACACGAGCCCGCUAUGCUGUAGAGCGGACAACUUGAUUUCAUUGCGUUAGUUGGGUGUCGUUCUCCCUCUACCCGUAGCUGUCUCUUCCCGUCUCCCCUUCUUCAACAGAACUUCUGGCGAUGUUCUUCCACGGAACUUGGACAUCAUCCUUCCUAACAGAUGAAAAUCAAACAAUAGUAAUAUACGUAGAGAGAGUCUUCCCUUUUUCGGAGCCGGAGAUGUAGCUUCUUGUUCAGUAGUUCACGCUGUAAGAAAAGGCAGUGCAGAAUAGUUACGCCCUCUUUACGAGUUUCACCAAUUCAACGUUUUUUCUUGCAUCACGUAACCUGUACCGUAUACGCUACUAAAGUUUAUUUCGUUUCCUAAGAGCAAUAAAAAUUGACCAUAUUUCG